AGCAGCGUCCUGUAAACAUCCCCCCCUAGUGUCGCUUCGCAGUACUUUAGAUGACAGACGGCAGGGGAAGCGAAGGGAUCCAUCUUGCCAGACAGGAGGCGAGGUAGCCCGCCUUUGAGUUGUACCUCCAAACAGCUUCGUAUUCCUCAUUCUCAUCCUGGAGAGCCGAGGGGCGCCGUGUCUCCGGCUGUAGGAUGUCCCGACAUGAGGGUGUUAGCUGCGAUGCAUGUUUGAAAGGGAACUUCCGGGGGAGACGCUUCAAGUGUCUGAUCUGCUACGACUACGACCUGUGUGCUUCAUGCUACGAGGGCGGUGCUACGACCACCAGGCACACCGCAGAGCACCCCAUGCAGUGCAUACUCACCAGGGUAGACUACGACCUGUAUUACGGAGGGGACAACUUCUCUGUGGAGCAGCCCCAGUCCUUCACCUGUCCCUACUGCGGGAGGAUGGGCUACACCGAGACCUCCCUGCAGGAGCACGUCUCCUCCGAGCACGCAGAGACCUCCACCGAAGUGAUCUGCCCCAUAUGUGCAGCGUUGCCAGGAGGGGACCCCAACCAUGUGACCGAUGACUUCACCGCCCAUCUCACUCUGGAGCACAGGGCGCCCAGAGAUGUGGACGAGUCCAGUAGCGUGCGGCACGUGCGGCGGAUGUUCCACCCGGGCCGCGGGCUGGGCGGGCCCCGGGCGCGGCGCACCAACAUGCACUUUACCAGCGGCUCCACGGGGGGCCUGUCCUCCUCCACCACCUCCUCGCAGAGCUCCACCUACACCCCCGGCAACCGGGAGGCCAUGGACCCCAUCGCAGAGCUGCUGUCCCAGCUGUCGGGCGUGCGGCGUGCGGCCGGCGGGCAGAUCAACGCGGCGGGGCCCUCAGCCUCCCAGCUGCAGCAGCUCCAGAUGCAGCUGCAGCUGGAGCGGCAGCAGGCGCAGGCCGCGCGGCAGCAGCUGGAGGCGGGCGGGCCGCGCCACGCCGCGCGCCGCGGCAACCACAACAACAACCACCACGGCGGCGGCGGCGGCGGCGGGCACCACCACAACCCGGGCAGCAUCGGCUCGGCCGCCGCCACCGCCCUGCCCAACCCGCCGCACCCGGCCGCCGCCUCCGCCGCCAUCCUCACCCACGACCACGCCCCCGGGGAGAGCAACCACAACGCCAACUGCCACGGCGCCUCCCAGUUCUUGUUAGCACGGUUAUGCGAGCCCAAGCAGUGCGAGGCGGAGCGGCAGCGGGUGGAGGCGGAGCGCGCCGACCACAGCCUCUUCGUCCAGGAGCUGCUGCUGUCCACGCUGAUGCACGACGGCUCCUCCUCCUCCUCUUCCUCCUCCUCGGGGGGGGAGGAGGAGGAGGGGGGCCGCAGAGACUUUGCCGGCUUCGGCGCCAUGGGCUGCGUGGACGUCAUGCCGCUGGACGUGGCGCUGGAGCGCCUGGAGCUGCGGGAGCGCGGCCUGCGCGCCGCCUCCGUGGGGGCGGAGCCUCCGCCGCGGCCUCUUUGAUGUCGCCCGUGCGGCGGCGGGCAGACUGUGUCCUCUGUGCUGCCACUGCCAGUGACGGGUGGAGGAGUUCGAGGAGCGAGUGGCAGAUUGUUUGAGUUUUAGUUCCUAUGUUUUGGUUGUUGUUUUUUUCCGGUUGGGUUUGUGUUUGGUUCUGUGGUGUUUUUCUUUCUUGGAUGGUUUUUCUGUAUUUAUUUUUUUUUCUCCAGGAGGGGGUGUUAUUUUUUGACGGUGAGAACGAGAAACGGCAGUUUUGAAGUGUGGAAAGAACUGUCGGGGCGUUAUGGGGGGAGGGAGAAUUGGGCCAAUGUACGAAUCGAAUGGAAACACGAUAAUCAAUCCCCACAGGGCUUUUAUUUUGGAGGCCGGGUGACUUGUCAGACCUGCGCUUCCUGUGACAAUGCAAAACAGGAAUGCUCGCGCAUCCCCCGGCGCGAGGGGGGAACGGUUCCCUGGGCGGAAGCUGCUCUAUGUAUUUAUCACUCCUAAUUAAUAAGUGCUCGGAGGGUCUACCUUUUCACCGCAUGCAGUUAUUCACAGCUUACAGGUGACAUUAGAUGUCAUCGAAAUGGAAAAACUACCGGAAGCUUUCAACUGUUUUUCUUUUUUUUUCUGUUUUUAUUCAUGGCUAUGGAUAAGACGCUGUUACUAAACGCGCAAGCUGGAAAGUGCACUCGUGGAGAAACAUGUGUGGGGUGUUAUUUUUGUGUCAUCCACGACGAAACACAACAAUGUGGAUCAUCCGCGGUGACUGUCUCCGGUCUCUGUGUGUGCGACGCUUCUCUGUGGUGACUCUUUUCGUGUUGACGGUUCAAAGACAAACGGUGGGAUAUGUCCGCGUACGGUUUGUAACGUCGCUAUAAAGCAAGCGCACAAUCUUCUGUCCGUUUGCGCCGAUGCACUCUUCCACGACGGCACGGUGCGCACACACCCCCCUACCCCUCACCCCUUCCCCAUCCACAUAUUAAGGAUAUUUUUUUGUUUUUUUAAUAGAUUUUUUUUAUUAACUUGUAGAAUGGAGAGGUUUGACUCCCACUUGCUAAGGAUGGCACUUUCUAUUUAUUCAGUUUGUCGUCUCAAUCUGUUGAAGCCUUGACCCGAGCCACGCCACCUCCAUGCCUAUACGAUUACCCUAAAAAAAAAAAAUAAUAAGUACACUAAGUUGUAUAAUACAUCUGUGCAUUAACUUUCAUAACAGUUCUAAGAUGGGGGAGGGGACUUUUCUAACUUGUAAAUUUAGAAUAAAAUAAACAAACAAAGCCUUUGAGGAAAACAUUAACCCGUUAUGUUUUUUCCGUUAUUAUUUAUUUUACUGGUUUGUGUUGGGUUUGGCUGUUAGACAUUAAACCGUACCAAAUAUGAAGUAUCGAUCCGGGCGUGUUGGUGAUUAUCUUGUAGUGACGUCACAAGUGGGAUCGUCCACGGUCCACCCAGAGAUGUGUGACGGAUAGAUAAACCUACCACGUGGACUGUACCAACUGCAUUCAUCAUACGUCCGAGAGGAGGCCCCCACUUCUGAUGUCACUACGGUAUAUUUUGAACUGCUUUAUAUAACCCGAAACACAGCUGCUGUGUGUAUAAAUGCUAGAUAAUGCUAUAUUAGAUUAUAUGUGAUCAGGAAGUGAGUGGAAAAAUACUGCUCUGCUCCAUUCUGGCUCCAUGACUGAUCUUAUUUUUUUUGGCCAUGAAGUUCCAAAUCGUUGUACUUUUGGAUUAAUUGCCAAUCAACAGUGGACCUUGUUUUAUAAUGGAGUCCCUUUAAACGUCAACACACACCUCCGACCACAUUCCGCCACUGGCCGGACCACCAGACAUGUGGUUGAGUGCCACCUAUACGUCAACCACUAACAUUUAUAACGCUUGACUUCUAAAAAGACACUGCAGACUUCCUCGUGUUUGUAUACUUCUGUGUUUUGCAUGAUUUCAUUAUCCGUAACGGCCCGUUAUCAUGGCUAUACUCUGAUACUUUCAAAAAGCAUUUAAUCACAUAGGCCCCGCCCUACCCUAAUUGGGGCUUAUUUUCUAUUAGAUCAGCCGUCUCACUUACCGCACUUGUGUUCCUGUCGGCGACCCACCAUGGAAGAAUAUUACGGGGACGUAAUAAGGUAAAGUGAUUGUAGAUGCGCACAGCGUUUUGUAAGACAUACCACCUUUAUUAAAUGCACAGUAUUACAAGGAACAUUUCCAUUAAUUGCGGAUAAGCUACUCACAUUUUGCACAAAGCAUAGAAUUGAUUGAUAGAAUUUGUUGAUAUUAAAGCAGAAGUGUUAGAUCUGCCAAUAGAGUGCACACACAGACACACACUUUUGCGCACUUGUGUGCACACACGCACACACAUACAUACACACUCAGGGUCAGUACCCACUCGCACACAUUCGUACAUUGUAGAUUUUUUUUGUUUGUUAUUCACAUAGUAAUUAAAACUUUAAUCUGCACAGAAAUUAAAACUUAUUCUGAAUAUUUACAAAGAAAUAAGUGAUCGUCCCCCAACCGCCCCCUUAAAGAUAAAUUACAUUCAAAAAAGGUCCCAACCCUGCUAGAUUACAUUCAAAAUAAUAUUACCAUUCAUGAUGCAAAGUCACAGUUAUUCAUCUUGAAGAGGAUCACGCUAGGCUACAAAGGUCAGAGGUGGCUGACCCUUGACCUUCCAGACAGUGACCACGUGUCUCUCGAGACGUCAGUCGGGCGAGAGGAGAAGAUCCUGACGUUUUUUGUUUUUCAAAAUUGAUCCGGAGCCUAGGGUCAUUUUUUUUUUUUUUACGCAGAUAGAAGGUAUGUCCAAAAAUAAAUCUUCAUAAAAACUCCUCGUUACGCUCGGGAGAAAAAAGAGGAAAAUUCGAAUUAUUUUUGUAGAGAAAAAACAGAAAGAAGAAACGAUUCAAAGAAAGUCCUUGGUGAAAGAAAACGGAUUGUAUUGUCACUGUUGUUAUGAACAAGCACAAUGAAUUAUACAAUAUCGCACAAAUAAAACUGUAUUUACAUAUAGUAUGUAUUGCCGAUGGCCCAUAACACAUUUUCUUCAGUUGAUGUCACAGUUUUUAACAUGAUACCUGUUUCAAACAGAAUAUACUAUUAAAGAUAGCCUAAUAUUCAUAGACAAAUAUAAGAACUGUACAGAAUGGAACACAUGUAUUUAGAUAUAUAUAUAUAUAUAUGUGUAUAUAUAUAAUAUAUAUAUAUAUAAUAUAUAUAUAAUAUAUAUCUAUAUAUAUAUUUGAGAUAGUAUAAUCAAAGAGACAUUUUGUUUGUAGUCUGUCAAGACUGUUGUAGUUUGGAACAACUUCCGCUGUAAAGCAUUGGUCUGAGUUGGGUGUUAAGGUUGUGCAUUUGUGCGUUUGGAUAAGUACCAAGUGCAUUUAACAUUGCCUAUGUUUCAAUGAUCGCUAUGUUUUAUAUCCAUAUAUAUAUAUUUAUAUAUAUAUAUAUAUUUGUAGAGGAUUUGGUUGGAGCAGGAAUAACAUGUUUAGCGUUUAUCUUUUUGGAAAGGUCAGUAGUAGACUGAGGACAACUGAGGGUUUGUUUUUUUCGUCCCAGUUGUGUCAUGGUUAUAUUUUGAUAUGUCUCGAGAAAGCUACUGGGAAAGAUUAAGAAAGCAGGGUCAUAUCUUUUUUUUGUCCCAGGGGGGACAGCACUGACUCCCUUAGCAUUAAUGUGUCCAGCGUUAGAAGUAUCAGUCAUCACAUGCCUGGGUGAACCAGUCCAGAGAGGAAAGCUCUACACACUCAAACACCUCGUGGCCAUCAAACUCUGGAUACUUUAACUCUGCCGUUGGUCGGCUCGCAGCAAAAUAAGCUGCAGCAGUGGAUUGGUUUUCAAGAACGAAAAGAAACAAAGUAUUUUCACAAGUCAACCAAAAGGUUAAAGUAAACCUAAAAGCAGAAUGUCCUCCUGUAAACAGCCACCUGUUGGCCGUUGUCCUUCCCUUUUCGUUGAAAAAUGAGUUGAAAGAAGUUUCUCAACGUUUUUUCACAACAUAAUUUGGAUUCUUGUUCUAAUGAACAACUGGGAAACAUUUAAAAUAUUUCUCUUAGUGUACAUACAAACCACAGUUUACAGAUAUGGGCCACCUAAUGUGAACAACAUGGCCAGGGACAUUGCUGGUGAAUUUACAAAAUAAAACAAAACAAAAAAUCCAGAACUUGGAUAAAAGAAAAAGAAACACAAUAAAAUAAAAAAGCAUUGUGCUCAUCUUUUUUUUAUAGACAUGCACAGCUUGAAACCCUCAUUAACUGUGCUUUUGUUACAUAAAAAUAAACGUAAGGAGAUGUAUAGUGCACUCAAAGCAUACUCAAAACACCACUGUUUUCUUAGUCGAGAAUAAGAGACUAUAGGAAAAUAUAACCAGAUAUCUACAAACAUCCACAGAUGCUGACCGCUAUAUAAACAAUUGAGAAAACUGCAUAGGGAGCAUUAUAUUCCAUACAAAGACCCAUAUCAUUAAAAACACUCAACUUACUCCGACCAGAAGUAAGUUAUAUGGAUAAACACAAUAUUGGAAAUGUGUGUGGGAUAUACUGCGUUGGAUUUAGUUUCCUCAAUCAUUGAUAUACUCUUUAUGUAUAAUAUGCAUGUAUCUUUUAUGUAUGAAAGCCCAAGCUGAUGAACAGAGCUAAUACUGAGAUUAUAAGGAAAGAUCCUUUGAUAGUUUGACAGAAAACCCACCCGAUAAAGCCAUAACGUAAAUGAUAGAUCAACUUUAUAUGAAAACAAAUGUCAAUAGCCCCUGGUUGACAAUUAGAAAUUUCCUAAAAUAUUAAAAACAUUUUGGUGAGACAAAAAAACAAAUAAAAAUAACGGCCCGCGCCGUAAACAAAUGAAAAAAACAAUUCUCUCAAUGUCUCCACAGACUGCAUUGCCUUUGGGCCGUUUCUCUUGAAUGAGAAGAUAUAGCUGUUGCUGAACAGCAAAAUGUCCGUAAUAGCGAGACAUCAAGUUUUUCCCUUUAUUCAUCCCCAGCAAAUACAUGUUUACCAAAGCGUUGGUCGUUUUAAUGCAUCACGUUUUUUACAUCUAGGAAGUAAAAGAAAGAAAUUCACAAAGCCAUACGUGGGACAGAAUCGCUUGGUGGUCUGGACCUAUUCUCGUUUCACGCGACAUCUAGAGCUUGGGUGUUGAUUUCAACCCGUUUUUAGGACUACAAAUGAUUGCAGAUACCAUGGGGUCAUAGAUCUGUCUCAAUCUUUUGGUUUUAGGUUUGUGAGACACGCCCAACACGAGUAGAAUAGGAGGAACAAACUCAAAAAGAAAU